CAUACACACACGCACAUAGACACACUGGGACACCAUCAGCACUGAAAUGCAGAGCUUCCCAGCUCAUAGAUAAGGGACAGAGAGAAAGCAAGAGAUAGUGAGAGAGAGAGCAAGAGAGAGAGAGAGAGAGAGAGAGAGGAAAAAACACAAGAAAAGAAGAAAAGAGAUGCCACAGUAGAGCUCAGUGAAGCCACCCUUCAAGGCAAACUUCUUCAGACAUCAAACACACAUCAAAAGGUGUGUGGAGGAAUAAAUGCCCUGAGAUCUGCAGCAGGAGCACUACAAAGCCGUGACCAGUGUCCAGCUGCAUAUAUCUAGAACGGGGCAGAGCACUUGGCCCUCCACCACAACACCAGCACUCCAUUCACUUCUGGACAAGAACUGCCAGGAACCACCUGGAUCAGCGUUGAGGGAUCUUUUGCAAGCUCUUCAAAAUCAAACCAGACUCGGAAUUAGUGUUCCUCCCUGGAUCUACCAAGAUUUUCUUCUUGUGUGAAGCCUCCUGCACGUUGGAGAGUGCCUACAGCUGAUACGUGCUUCCCACACCCCUUUUGCCUCUAACCAUGGCUGGCACUGGGGUUUGGAAAUAUCGGUUAACGGCCACCAUGCCUUUUCUCCCCUUUCUCCUGCUCCUCUUGGGGCCUUUCUUCGUUCACUCCAGCCCCAUCGGCUCCCCGGAGAGGCACCGUCCUGCCCCAGGGCUAGAUGACGGGCGUGGAGGGAUGAUGGAUCCCUCUUUUCUGGAGCAAGACAGCGAGGUAGACAUGCAGAGCCUGCUGGAGAAUCUGCGAGGGCAGUUCCUCCGGACCUUCAACCUCUCGGGCCGUGGGCCACCUAUGCAGCCUGGGGCACCCCGUGUGGAGCCCCCAGAAUACAUGCUGGAGCUGUACAACCGAUUUGCUAAUGAUCGCACGGCCAUGCCGUCUGCCAACAUUGUGCGCAGCUUCAAAAAUGAAGACUCCGCCCCAUGCAAUGUGGGAAGCGACGGUGUGAGGCGGCACCCCCUCCUCUUCAAUGUUUCUGUCCCGCAUCAUGAGCGAGUAACAGCUGCUGAACUGCGCCUCUACACCCUUGUCCAGACUGACCGGCACCUGUAUGCUGGUAUUGACCGCAAGGUGACCAUCUACGAGGUGGUGCAGCGAGACACCAACAGCAGUCAGCCAAGACGAGGGGAUGUUUUUGAAGAAGGAGGAGAGGAAGAGACACAGCUGGUAGAGUUGGCUUCACGGCAGGUCUACGGCAUGGACAACGGAUGGGAGUCAUUUGACAUGACUGCUGCCGUGCACCACUGGCGCAAGUCUGACUAUGGCACCACCCACAGACUGGAGGUCCAUAUUGCAAGUCUAAACUUGCAGUACAUGGCUGGACAGAAUGAGUCAGAGGCCGAAGGUCCCACCAUGAGUGGGGACAUGGAAAUUGACACCAGCCCAGAAGAGAGACACAAACCUCUGAUGAUCGUUUUCUCCAAUGACCAGAGCGGUGACCACAGAGGAGACAAACAGGAGUUAAGCGAGAUGAUCAAGCAUGAAACGACGGGCCCGGACCUAAAUGACAACCUGGGGCUGGAGCUCACAGAUCCCUGGAGGGAGCUGGGCACUGUGGAAAAAGGUGGACAGAGCAAGGAGGAGGAACCAGGUGAGGAAGAUCUCCUCCAGAUGCGAUCCAACCUCAUAUAUGAUACAGCCUCCAGGAUUCGAAGGAAUGCAAAGGGCAACCAGUGUAAAAAGAGCUCCCUUUACGUAGACUUCAAAGACAUCGGCUGGGAUUCUUGGAUCUUAGAACCUCAAGGCUAUGAGGCAUACGAAUGCACAGGAAUUUGCAAUUACCCCUUGACCAAACAUGUCACUCCAACCAAGCAUGCCAUUGUGCAGACACUGGUCAGCAUCAAAAGCCCAGACAAAGUCUCCAGAGCUUGCUGUGUUCCCACUAAACUUGACCCUAUCUCACUGCUCUACCUGGACGAUGCAGGUGUGGUCACCUACCAGUAUAAAUAUGAGGGCAUGGUGGUGGCAGAGUGUGGUUGCAGAUAGUUCUGAGAGGGUCUGAUGUGCCAAACCUUUGGGCCUGGCUAAAGACAAUGAGAAAUGGGGACCUUUCAAUGUCUUAGGUUCAGAGAAGAAAAGACUGUAAAGAAACUGUAAGUAGUUUCAGGGCAACAGGCCAAAAUCAAGACAGAAGAUGUCCCACAGAAGGAGAAUGGUUCCUUGUAAACUUAAAUCAAACUAGAGCCAUGACUGAUCUGCAGAUGCCUUUGUAUGUGACUCUUCAAAGCGACAUCAGAAAAGGACGAGAAGUUGGGAAACUUUUGGCAUAAUAAUCUAGUGUGUUGUAACAUUGCACUUAGUGCUUAUAUUUAGAUUUGCCCUUCUGUAAGAAAGUAUACUUCAUGUUCAUUUCAGGAACAGAGAAAAGGGAACAUGAAAAGUGAGAGACAAGAAGACAAAGUGUACAAGCCAUGAUAUCUCUUUGACCAAUCUCUGAUCGAGUGGAAUAUGAUGCAGCAGACCUUUUUCCAGACGUUGUGCAAUAACUGACCAAGGACAAACCCAGCAUCCCUACAGGGGACUCAAUGCUACUUAGAGUGUUCAAGGAAUAGAUUCUGUUAUCUCAAAGCAAGAUUAUGUAAAUCAUUUUUGAUGUAUUUUGAUGCUCUUACCUAUUUGCACAAAUCUCCUCUUUAUCCAAUAGCAGCAGUGGUCAACUCUGCUCCAAAAACAUAGGGGCUGAGGCCUUAACCAUGGGUCAUCUUGACAGAUACAUCCCUGGUUCUUUCAACAGCAUUUUCAGUCAACAAGGUCUAUCUAAGUGGGUGUCUCUCAAAUAUGGAAGCUUGAGUGUAGAGGGCCUGUGAACUGGACACACUGUAGGGUCGUUCAAAUGACCCUGGCAGAGGCAGGAUGCUUGCAGAAACCGCCUAGAUCCAGUCUUCUCAGUGUCAUAUCUGCAUCCCCCCUUCUGCCGUGUGUCAAUAUACAGUUUCCUGCCUGGCUGAAUGCAUUUGAUAUGGGCCAUCUGAGGCAAAGCAACUUUGUUAUCUGGGCAGUCUUUCAAGGAAAGGAAACAUGUGAAACUAACCAGAAUGAUCUGGAGUGAGAUGUUCUCUUGGACGAUGAGAAAACUUCUGAGCAGAGUUUUACGUGGACACUAUCUGGACAUUCUGCAUGCAACGGAAAGUACCAUACAAAAUUUCUGUUCUUUUGUGAAAGAGGCCCAGGUGCUGGACAAGGGACUAUUGAGAUUCCUCAGACUGACCACAGUUAAAUUGUAGGAAAAUUCCUUUGCCUAACAUACGACUGGAUUAAUAUGAUUGGAAAACACAGCUUUAAUCCGUCUUUACCUUGUCACUGACCUAGUGUGGAAUUGAUAAAGUAGCACUUUCACUAGCCACUAUACUAUCAGGUCCCAGAGUAGGGCAGAUGGAGGAAGCCGCAUGCUCUUUCAAUUGUCCGAGGGCGUCAGUCAUCAUCAUGAGGGUGGGGGUGGAUGUGAGGAAGAGGCAUGGGGUUAUAGGGUUAUCUUCAUACUGUUGCCUUGCAUGCCGUGUGAGCUGAGCUCUCAGCCCUGGACCGGUCCGUGAUAAGAAGGUGUCAGGGCUGAGAAACAUGCAAGUGGCCAUUCCAAGCAACUGGGGAGGUGGGAGCGAAGGCUGUCAAGAUUCCAAGCUUUACUUCAACUCCCUUCCUGACCUCAAUCUGGUCUCAUUUACAGACACUGGUCCCCUUCCCCCCCGUUACUUACACCCUCUCUUCUUCCUUCCCCUUACCUCUUUUCUAUCGUGGACAGACUCUUCCUCUGUUGUCCCUUUGUCUCACUUUCUCUCUAAAGUUUCACUUGCGUAGAACAGAUCCCAGGAUUUUCUUCCAACUGCCUGGACAGCUCUGCUGGUGGUGUGAUCUAACUAGAGAAGCCGGGCCGUUGGAAUAAAAUCCUGGGAAAGAUUUUUACCUUCUGGACCUGAAUUUUACACCUCUGCAGAUUGGAUUCCCAGAAAAUUAUCGAACAUAUGACAGUUGCCUAACAAAGUGUGCCCUUACCCUUAAUAAGCUUCUUAACAGGACAGAGCGCUCUUAAGAUUCUUUAGAUUACAUUUUUCUUGAUUGUUUUGUAAUGAUCCUUCUGGGAAGUCACUAACAACCAAAUCAAUUCAAAGCAAGUGGGGACAGUUUAGCAGGAUAUUUAGCAUAUAACUGGCUUGUCUCUACUACCUUUUAUGAGUUAUUAGCUACUUACGUAUGUCGGAAUUAGGGAAAAGGGGAAGAAAGAUACCAAGCUACAUACAGUGUCUCUAACGGCAAUGAUAUGGGGAAUUUUUGAAGUGACUGUUCGACCAAAAAUACUAACAAGCCACGUGUUCGUAUCAAGCAUGAUACUUUGAUGGAGCGCAGAAAAGCGUUUUUUUGUUGUCAUUAUGUUGAAUAGCAUUGAUUGGGACCUUAAUAGCGUCUCUGCCACACGUCACAUCACCACAACCGAUUCCAAAGUCGUCAAAACAAAGGUCUCUGCAAACCUGUCUACAUCACGAAGCUCAUGAAAUAUGGCUUUUGUACUGCUGCUUUAAGACCAAUGCUUAUUUAUUGAUUAAUUUAUUAAUUUUAUUGUCUGUUAAAUCGUUUUGUAUAGCAAUAUGUGUAAAUAAACACUUUAUACACAUGAAUCACUUAAUUACCUUAUAAUGAAAGACAUGUGGAUGUGCUUUGUCAGUUAGAGAUGUUCUGUUUUGCGCCACUGAUGCUUGUAAAACGCUUCGAUGUCAGGAAACAACAUCUUAGCAGCUUUGAUGAAUUGCUUUAGAGCAGCCAAGUUCGUACAUUUGAGCAGAUGCUGUGACAUUUGUGCAGAUCCUGUGCAGAUCAUCUACACCACCACCCCACCCCCACACCCCCCAAAGCCACCCACAUUGGCCACUCCAAGAAAACCAGAUAUUUUUAGAUGUGACACUCCUUAUUUAAACACUAGAGCUGUUCAUUUAAGCACAGCUUGGAGGGGGAGCGAUUCAUAACUUUUAACUUUCCAUUGAGAACAUCGCUUAUCUGGUCCAGGGCCAAAGUUCACACGUGUCAGAAAGAUCCUAAGCCAUGGGAAACUGACUGGAAGCUAAUGACCACAUUCAGCGAUCUGCACAACAUGCACAAAAGUCCCACACAGCUGCCUCCAUCAUAUCUUCCCCGCCUUGAAAAAAUGAUCACUAGACUGUGGAUUUUGGGACUUUUAGCGCGCUUUGCUAAUAGAUGUUGGAACAGUGGUGUAUUUGUAUUGUAUCAACUGUCAUGACUGUAAAUAAACUGUGAGAAGAAGU